AGCGCGGCUUCGCGUCACAGCGCCGGGCGGCGGUGGAGGGGAGAUGCGGCUCUUGGCGCUGGCCACUGCCGUGUUGCUGGUGUGGGCUUCGGCCCCGGAGGUCUGUGGGGCCCUCAAUGUUACCGUGUCCCCAGGACCUGUGGUUGACUACCUGGAGGGGGAAAAUGCCACUCUUCUCUGCCACAUCUCCCAGAAGAGGUGGAAGGACAGCUUGCUGGCUGUGCGCUGGUUUUUUGCACGUUCCAACACCCAGGAAACCUUGAUGGUUAAGAUGACCAAGCUCAGGGUGGUGCAGUACUAUGGGAAUUUCAGCCGCAGCUCCUACCGGCAGCGGCUGCGCCUUCUGGAGGAGAGGCAUGGGGUACUCUACACGCUCUCUGUUUUGACCCUCCGACCAGCUGAUCAAGGGCAUUAUGUCUGCAAAGUUCAGGAAAUCAGUAAGUACAAGAAUAAGUGGACAGCCUGGUCCAACGGCUCUUCAGAGACAGAAAUUAGAGUGAUUUCCCUUAAAGCUUCUGAAGAUUCAUCCUUUGAAAAAAGAAAAAGACUUGGGCAUUUUUUUUCAGAUCUCUACAUGUAUGCUGUGCUUGUGUGCUGCAUUGGGAUCCUCAGCGUUCUGCUCUUCACCCUGACCAUUGUCUGGCAGUCUGUGUUUAGCAAGAGGAAGUCCAGAGCGAGACAUUAUUUGGUGAAAUGCCCUCAGAACAGCUCAGGGGAGACUGUCACCAGUGUGACCAGCUUGGCCCCAUUGCAGCCCAAGAAGGGCAAGAGGCAGAAGGAAAAGACUGACAUUCCUCCUGCAGUCCCUGCCAAAGCUCCCAUAGCUGCCACCUUCCAUAAACCGAAGCUGCUGAAACCGCAAAGGAAAACUACCCUGCCAAAGAUUGCUGAGGAGAACUUGACCUAUGCUGAGCUGGAACUGAUCAAACCCCAUCAAGCUUCCAGAGGCAUCCCUACCAGCACUGUCUAUGCCCAGAUCCUCUUUGAGGAGAACAAACUGUAACUCCAUGUUCUCUCCCAUGGUUCUAUUUAAUACCUGCCACCCCCGUUAUUUAUGAAACCUUGGAAACAAAGUCCUUAUUUUUGUAUUUUCACAUGUGCCACUGUGUGGUGGGGAACCCCUUUCCUAUGGUAUUCCAGGUGCCUUUAGAGAGGUAUGAGGCUCCUCCUCUCAAAAAGCAAAGACCACACCCUUGGACAAAUCUUCUGGGACAAGUUUUUUCUGGGUCUGAGCCCUGAGGGAUGAGGACUCGUUUCUGAGAACAUCCAAGGACAUUCUCUGCUGAGCCAAAAGACUUCAUGGUUUCAUCUUCUUUCUCUGGAUUUUAAUUUUUUAAAUCUUAAUCUUCUAUUCUUUCUGUAUCUGUGACAUCAAGCUCAUAGUAUAUAACUAAAGGAAAUGCAAUUAUAGGCUAAAGCUUGAGAUGAUAGAUAUGUACUAAUUGGUUUUGAAAAGAUCAGAUAACUUGCUAGAACACUCAAAGCAGAGUAAACUGCUUAUUACAAGCUGUACUCAAGGUAGCAUCUCUUGUUUUAAAUGGAUGCACUGACCCUGGCAAUUGAAGGGCAGAGAGGCACAUUGUAGGGGAAGUCUGAGGCCUAAUAAAAAAUGAGCUGCCUUUGAAAACCCCAGUGCCUAUUUCCCCAUCCAUGAUCACCCACAACCGCAGGGCAAAUAGACCACCAUGCUAAGGGCUCCCAUCCUUUCAGCAGCAUGGAACUUUACCAAUAUAGAGACUUAUAUCCUCUAAGAAGUUCUUACUCUUUCCAGAGGAGCAAGGGAAUAUCCCAUCAGUGACACACUGGAGGAACUGGUCCUCUUGGAAGUAUGCCAGGGUUACCAACUCUGAUGAAUGUCUACUCAUGUGGAAGCAAGGUCUUCCACCUGGUUCCCCCAGGCUAGAAGAGUAAGCAGCACAAGCCACACUGGAAAAGUAUGUACUAAGGACCCUACUGUUGGAAAGUGCCUUGCCCAAUUCAACUUUGCAUGUAACUUUUGAUAGGUUUGAGUGGGGGUCAGGCAGGAAUGUGUGGCAGAUGCACAUGUGGGGAAGUUGCUCUGUGGAUUCCCGUAACAUCCAGGACCACACUGAAGACAGAUCCAUUCUUGGAGAAGGCCAUCCUGUCUACUGUUGUUAAGGACCACUUCUUUCUGUGUGAGUGCGCUAUAGAAAUUUUUUGAUUUUUGUAAUGGACCAUGUAUAUGUGGUAAAGUAUUUUAAACACA